AUGAAGAGAAACACCACCAGUCAUAAACCAGCAACCUUGACCUACAACUGUGAAGACUGCGGCAAACAGAUCAAGAGCAAGAGCAACUUUGUCCGUCACAUGAAGUUGCACAACGAGGGUAAGCAUCACAUCUGCUCCAAGUGCACCAAGGGCUUUGCACGCCAGGCUGAUCUGCGCAUGCAUGAGCGGCUGCAUACCGGUGAGCGUCCGUUCUUGUGUAACCUGUGUGGCAAGGGCUUCACCUCCAACUCUGCCCUCAGCCACCAUGUGAAGAUGCACAACCAGCCUGUGGUGUACAAGUACUCUUGCACUCAGUGUGAGGGCCUGUUUGCCUCCAGGAAGGAAUUCAAGGAUCAUGUAAAGAGCUGUACGCCAAAACAGAUGGAGAUUGUGUUUAUACAGGAGACUGAGACUGUGCCCAUUGAAACUAUAGAGUAUAUCUAG